AUGCGAAAAGACGACUGUGAAAAAAGGUCAUCUGCAUUUGAACGUAAAAGAAAGGUACGUGAGUCUGAUGGUGUGGUCGAUGAUUCGAUCAAGAAGUUGAAAGUAGGAAAAGCACAAACAGCUUGUGAAGGUGACAAAAAAGAGAAGCGAUUGAGUGCUUCUAUUCAGCCGUUAGGUUUCUUGAUCUUGGUUGAAGACAAGAACAACAACGAAACGAGUUCAUCAGCUUGUAAUACAACCAACAACAAUGGAAAAAAAGAGAUUUAUACUUACUUGAAGCUUAAUAACAAAUUUGGUGGAAUUAUCAAGAAGCAAAAGAUGAGAGAUAUCAAGAACUUGAAAGCAGAAAACUUACGACAAGCUCGCAAAGACGAAGAAGAAGAAAGGCUUUUGGGCGUGUCUUUGAGACUAAAGCUAUACGAGGAUCCAUGGCAGAUAAAGAAGAAGCUGACCCACAAUGAUAUCAAUAACUCAUGCUAUUGUUGGCAACAAACUUGGUGGAGACAACUGUUACCUUUCUUAAAAGAUGACAUUGUCGAUCGUUGUAAAACAGCAGAGGGAAAUAGAAUGAUUGUAUAUGAUAUUGAUACAGCCUCUGAACAUAGGUUGACACUCAAGAGAUGGUGUACGAAUAGUUACGUGAUUACUAGCAACUAG